AUGGAUUUUGCUAAGUCUCAAGUUGAAGCUGCUUUAGCUUCCAGGCGUCCGUUAACAAAACAAGGUUUAACAAGUUUAACAGCUUUAAUUGAUGCUGUUGAUCCAUCUGAAUUACCAACAUUAUAUCGUUGGUUAUUUCAACGAUUAAAUAAUCAUUUACUUAAUUUAUCACUUCAUAAUCAACAUGUAGACACAUUUCUUUCACCAAAACAGCUAUCAUUUCAUUUACAUGAACAUUUUAUAAAUAAAUUCCAUUCAUUACAAUCUACAACAAUUAAACAAUUACAACAAAUUUUAAAAAGUCUUCAACAACAGCAACCAUUAACACAAAGUGAACUUAAUCAAUGGAAACGUUCUCAACAAGGUUUACCACGUGAUGAUUUUAUUCUACAUUGUUUAUUUAAUAAUUCACCUCAAUUAGCUUUAUUACAUGAUCAAAAUUUACUUAGUGCUAUAUUUCGUGUUGCUCUACAAACAUGUGUACAAAAUUUAGUUGAUCGUGAUAAUAAAACAUCAAUAAAAAUUUUAUUUAGUGUUGGUUUAGCACCAUUAGAUAUUAUGCAAUGUAUUAUGUCAACAACUGUUUAUCAUCAUUUAAUAUAUUGUAAACAAUGUUUAAAUGAUCUUGGAGAAGAUUCUUUUUUAACUAACUAA